UGCACCAGCCACGAGACACGGCAGUACAAAGUAGAUCAGGGAAUAAGGUUGCAUCGCGCAUGAUCUCAAGAAUUUCGGCCGGACUACAUUUAGUUGGUUUGGCAGGUUUCCCGGUACAUGGUGUCUCGGUGGCCGGUGAAGACAAAGAAUAUUACUCAUCAUUUGUUCAACUAAGAUCGUUUCUUUUUAUCAAUGAGUAUUUUAUAAAUUUGUCUUCUGUGCCUACGGAUCGAGAUAUGAAUUCACGAUCCUUAUUAGUGUGGAUUUUCUUCGCACUUGCUGCCGCAACCAAAUCCUACGACGAUUUAAUUGUUGCUGUCGGCGAUCAAAUUGAAAUCCUGACCAAUGGAUCUCAAAGCAAUCCACUCAAAUUGGAGAACUACAAUGCUUCCGUACUGGUCGCCCUGGCUUACGAUCCAUCUUCACAAAAACUCUUCUUCUCAGACAAGCGUAAUCGACGAGGGCACGUGUUUAGCGUCACAUUCGAUGGGAUCAAGGCUCAAGGCUCUGUCCAUGAUGUCGUGGAAAGAGGAACCAACGAGUCGGUUGAAGCUUUGACCUAUGAUAAUCUGGAGAAAACACUGUUAUGGACUGACGGUACCAAACAGUCGAUUCGCCGAUUCGUAGUUGAACGUGAAGACCUUCAUGUCUACGAAAACAACACGAUUGAACUAGUCCAUCUGCUCCGAGGAGAUAAACCAAGAGGACUGAUAUCUGAUCCUUGUACAAGAAUGCUGUACUGGACCAAUUGGAAUAUAGAUAGACCUACCAUUGAACGAUCCUAUCUCAAUGGUAGUCACCGCGAGGUUAUCGUACAUAAAGGACUUUUUAUGCCUCACGGAUUGGGAUUGGAUGUUAGUCAGCAAAUGAUUUACUGGGCCAACAACCUUCGUCAUGGAACUUUUCAAAUUGAAAGAAGCAAAGUUGACGGAUCGGACAGAGAGCUCUUGUACGAAGGCAAGGGCCAUGAAAUGCGGGGGCAAUUUAUUUUCGGUCUUACGGUUGGAGAACAUGACAUAUACUGGACAGACUGGGACCAGAAGUCUCUCUGGUCCCUGCCCAAAGAAGGAUCUAUCGAUGGACCGGUUUCUCUACGUCGUUUCCAAUAUAAACCCAUGGCUGUCAUCAUACUCCAGCGCCAACCAGUUCAUUGUUCGAUCGAUAUCCAACAUUCAGCAGCUACAACAGAGCUAAUUCAUCAUUCGGAACACCGAUCAACACCGGCAAUGGAUUCUUCGUCUGAAUCAAAUAAUACGCCUCAAGAGUUCCAUGUUACCCCAGUUUCCGAAACGGACUCCGGAUUGUGUAUCGGCUAUUGCUUUAAUGAGGGACAUUGCUUUUUUGUCAACAACGAAAUUAGUUGCAGUUGUGCAGAGAACUAUAGUGGUGACCGCUGUGAAAUAACAGACACUGUUGAUACGUCUCGAAAUAGUUGCGGGAGGUCAUCUUUCUCAACAGCUACUGAGGCUGAGAACAGCGAAAUCUUCAUAGCAUUGAUGAGCACAUCUGUCAUGUGCGUCAUUCUAAUAAUCGCUGUUAUUAUUCUGAGUUUCCGCGUAUGGCGAUUAAGCUCUGGACGAUCGCGUUUCAAGAGGCGAGUCAUCAAGGGGAAGAACUACCGACCAGCAGCUGAGCGUGUCAUCAACAUCGAAGAUUGCUGCAAUAUGAAUAUCUGUGAAACGCCGUGCACUGAACCGCCAUCUGGUGCGUCACUUCCGGGCCAAUGGAGCGACAAAGUCAAUUUACUUAAUUGCCAAUUUUGAUAAAAAUGGGAUUCGAUCAUUGUAAACCCCCUUGCCCUUUGAACCAAUAAUGCUUUUACCGGAAGCAUUAUUAUUCUCAUGUGAUGAAAGCUUAAUUGUAGAUUAACGCGAAAGACAGGGAAGAAUGUACUUAAAAAUACGACCAUCUCAUCAACAUAGUAUCUCUUAACGAGUGGAGCCAUGAGCUCUGGUAAUUUUUAUUUUCCAGUUUUUUUGUUUGUUUUGAGUUCUUAUGGCUCCACUUCGCCUUAUGGUGUCUGUAUAGCUGGCCCCAUUGCAACUCGUGAUCCCUCUAAAUGCCUUUAUUUAUUUUUUUUAUUCAUUUUUUUUUCCUCGAAUCAUUCAAGACGAAGGCGUAGUUGCACGAGAAAUCCCCACUCCCAAUUUACGCACAGCCACCAAACCAACUGCUCAUCAAAUCCAGCAACAUCAUCCAGUCAAGUUACGUAUCAAACCUGCACUCUACUAACAGGUUCAAAACCAAAUUGAAAGAAAGUGCAAUAAUAAUAUCUUACUAACGAAGUGAUAAUGAUAAUAACCGAGUGGAGCAACAAAGGCGGCACUCACCCGUAAGAAGUGGGUAGUGAAUUUUUGGCCUUUAUUGCUUUACUCCUGUUAUUCUGAUUGGUAUGCUAUAGCGAAGAUUCGCACUUUUUCGUUUUAUUAUUUGUAGUCUUUUUUUUUUGUUGGUGCCCGAAUGCCCCCAUUUAUUGUCUUAUUUCUUCAAUUUUGUCUGUGGAUUCUCUAGGAAAGUCGUGAUAGGUACCAAUUCCAGUCCCUUUUAAGUCUACCUAUAUACUACCAUCCUCCACCAAGGAUUUCAAAGUGACUGGGUUGUUUAUUGUGUUCAACAUCUUCUUCUUUUUCCUAUUUUAAAAAAAUAUAUGAAGAAGGGAA